GAGAAGCAAACCACACCCUCGACGCGACCGUCGACCGCAAGGCCAUCGCCAAAAAACAACUCCACGGCAACCCCAUCGACUCGUGCGCGCACCAAUCGACGCCAGUGCCAGGUAAAAGCAGGUAAAAGCCGUGAAAUACUCAUCCUCUAUGAAUCGCCGCGCCGUCCUCCUCCUGAUCGCCUCCGUCGCCGCCGGCGCCACGGGCAAGCUCCGCGGCGCCGGCCCAGGCGAGGUCGGCCACGCCGCCGCGGACAAGCACGAGCUCAAGGGCUCGCUCCGCUCCCUCGCCGCGCUCGUCGACCGACCUCGCGCUCGCCCGUUCGCCGGCCGAGUCCUCGCCGCGAAGAAGACCUGCGCCGACCACAAGAAGGAGAAGAAAUGUGACAAGAAAGGAUGCGAGUGGUCGUCGAAGAAGCGCGUCUGCAAGGAAACGGACGGCGGGAAAGAAGGCGACGAAGCCGCGACGUGCGCCGACCACGAGAAGAAGAAGAAGUGUGAGAAGAAGGGCUGCACAUGGUCAAAGUGGGACGGGUGCACGAGUGGUGACGGCGACGCCAUCGAGGAGGAGGUGCCGCCCAUCACGACGCCCCCGCCCACGACGACGACGGCCGCGCCGACGCCCAAGCCGACGGCCGCGCCCACGCCCCGGCCGACGCCCGAGCCGACGCCCCGGCCGACGCCCCGGCCGACGCCCCGGCCGACGCCCCGGCCGACGCCCCGGCCGAC